GGCCAGGAAGUGGUCCUCGUCGCGUGAAUUCAAGAGCCCCUAACCGAUUGGCCAUAAGCACGCUGUACAGAAAGGAGAACACACACGGGAUAGCAACACGCUCAUCCUGCACACACACAGGCUGACAUCGAAAGGUUUCCGAAGAAUAAUAAAACGAUAAAGGCUCCUUUGGCGUGGGGAUGCUGGAUAUCGAUAUACUCCUGGUGUCCGCGUGGAAGCUCUUUUAAACACAAACUCAAGCCAUUCCCCUUCGCUAUGGCAACAUCCCCGCCUGAGAAUGGCCUUCCCUCACCGUCCCCCAGGCAGACUCACUGCUAGGGAGAGGCCGGGACGGAGAGCUGAAACCUCAGGGCUGCCCAGCUAAAAUCUCCCAAAACAUGUAUGGUACCUUCCUUGGCUCCACGGGGGGAGGGUCUACAUGUAUUCUAUUCUAUUUAUUUAUUUUUAUUUAUUUACUUACCAAUCCACAGUCCAUUCAUAAACAAAGCUGCGCCGAUUCAAACGAGUGUUGAUGUGUGCGCGUGCGGCUGACGUGUGUGAGGCGAGGCAGAGUUGACGAAGAAAGUAAACUAAACCAAGCAGGGGAAAAAACCCAGGAAGAAGGAGAAUUAAAGCGGGGUAGACAGCAGAGACAAAAGGGCGAGCAAGGAAGAAAGCGAGAGAGAAAGCGAUGGUCCUCUACACCACCCCGUAUCCCAGUGCCUGCCUGCACUUCCUCGAUGGCCUCUCCUGGAGCCUGGUGUUCCCCUGCUAUUGGCUGCUGGACCGGCUCCUGGCGUCGUGCGUGGCCACGUCGCUGGAGAAGCGCCGGCGCUCCCAGGACCCCUGCUCCUUCCUGAGCCUGUGCGUGCUGGUCUCCGUGCCCCUCUACCUGCUCUUCUUCCUGCUGUCGCUGCCCUUUGGCCUGCUGGGCUUUCUCCUGUGGGCCCCCCUGCAGGCCGUCCGACAGCCCUACCUCUACACCUACAGCAGGCCGGACAAACACCAGGCGGAGCAGGGGGCGGCGGGGCCCGGGGGAGCCGGCUCGGCCGAGUGGAGGCCCCAGGGAAGGAGCUUCUGCUUCUGCAGUGCCAACGUGUGCCUGCUGCCCGACGCCCUGGCCCGGUUCAACAACCUGACCGACACCCAGAGCAGGGCCCGUGAGGUGGGCCGCAGGAUCCGCAACGGGGCCAGCCGGCCCCAGAUCAAGAUCUACAUCGACUCGCCCACCAACACCUCCAUCAGCGCGGCCUCCUUUAGCAGCCUGGCCGCGGGGUUCCGGCGAACCUCCUCUCUGGACCAACGCCCGGAGCCGUCCCACGUCACCAACGGCCCCACGGACACCGAAGCCGAGCCCCCCACCCAUGAGUGCCCGGCCCAUCCAUCAGGCGCCGCCGACUGCCCCCUCCACCAGGGCCCGUCAGACUGCCCGCUCCACUCGGAAGGUGCGGACGGCUCAACCCCCUGCCCGCUCCACUCCGCCGGGGGCGACGGCGGCGGCGGCAGCGGCUCCGAUUGCCCCAUGCACAGCGCCGGAGGGACCUCCCGCUGCGCGGUGCACUCCCCGGGGGGGGCCCAAGGCAGCCCGGGGCACCACGACUGUCCCAUGCACGGCGACGCCAAACCAACCUCCGACUGCCCGCUCCACAACCCGGGGGUCCAGAUCAGCAUCAGCGCCCCGGAGCCCGACCCCCAGGACGAGGAGGGCGACGCCGAGUCGGGGAACCCCCGCGGCCAGGACGGGGCGGGGGACACCGGCAGCAUGGGCGAGUCCUACACCCGCUACCACGCGGCGGGCGACGCCGGGGGGACGUACUCCAACAACACCCUCUCCCACGUGCCGCGCACCUCCAUCUUCAAGCGGCCCGGCGGGCGCAAGCGGCGCCACGGGGACGACGGCUUCGACCACGACGUCUCCGCCUUCUUCCCCGCCAACCUGGACUUCCUGGCGCUGCAGGAGGUGUUCGACCACGGGUCCACCACGCGCCUCCGCCAGCAGCUCCACCGCUACUUCCCGUACGUGCUGAGCGACGUGGGCCGCUACGGCUGGAAGGGCUGCGGCUCCAGCUUCAAGUUCCUCAACAGCGGGCUGAUGCUGGCCAGCCGCUACCCCAUCCUGGACGCCCGCUUCCAGUGCUACCCCAACGGCAGAGGGGAGGACGCGCUGGCCUCCAAGGGAGCCCUGUUCGCCAAGGUACAGGUGGGCACCUCUCACCAGGACCAAAGGGUGGUGGGGUACCUCACCUCUACACAUCUCCACGCCAUAGAAGGCGAUGCGUCGGUGCGCUGCGAGCAGCUCGAUCUCCUGCUCCAGUGGGGGGCGGAGUUUCGGCAGUCCUCGUUUCGCUCAGGGGAGGGGGAGAAAGUUCUGGAAGACCUGGUGGCCUUUGACGUCAUCCUGGGGGACCUGAACUUUGACAACUGCUCUUCAGAGGACAAGUUGGAGCAGCAGCACGCCCUCUUCACUCAGUACAAGGACCCCUGUCGCCUGGGGCCCGGAGAGGACAAACCAUGGGCCCUGGGUACAUUGCUGGAUCAAAGCGGUCUCUACGACGAAGAGGCCAACUCACCCGAAAGUUUACAAAAGGUGAUGGAGAACGAGGAGGCCAGGAAGGAGUACCUGGUGUUCCCUCCUAGCAAGGCUCAGAGUCACGGAGGUGGCGGCGGGCAGAAGGGCCGCAAGAUUCCCCUGAAGGGCAACGGAAGGCGCAUCGACUACAUCCUGUACAGCGAUGAGGGCCUGCAGCCGGACUGGAAGCUGGACAUCGAGGAGUUCAGCUUUGUGACGCAGUUGGCCGGCAUCACUGACCACCUUUCAGUGGCCGCGCGAUUGGCCGUUUCAACCGGCGAGGAGGAGCCUUAGGGGGCCGUACAUUCUCUUGCACUGCCAUCGAUACAUGGAGGAAGAGACAAGAAGAGAUACAUGAUGGAAGAGACAAGAAGAGAUGCAUGAUGGAAGAGACAAGAAGACCGGGGAGAGAAAUUUGAAUACAAAUGAGCAAUUGAAAGAUGGCGGAGAAGCGAGAAGGCCCCGUGUCUAUUGAGAAACGCCAGAGUGCUGGACGGAUGGACGGGUUGACAAACUGAUUAAUGGAGUUACAGGCCUGGGUUAGGGGGGUUCACGUUAAGGGGAGAGGCAACAAUGGAGUGAUUUAAAAGAGAGAGUUUAUGCCAGAAGGUAGAUAAGCAGGGAAUUUGUAUUAAUGGUGUGAUGAACGUUUUUCAUACCCAGACAACACAUACUCAUGGACACACACAAACACACUCACAGAGGGUUUGAAAAAAUGUGACAGAUAACAUCUUCUGAUGUCAACGACAAAUGGUCACUAUUUACGAAUUUAUUUACAUUGAGUUAAGGCUUUACUGUCACACAAACUCUCUC